UCAGAGGUGAUAUAAAGUUGAACGAACCUCCGGCACCUCACGAUUCAUCCACUCUCCCGAUUCCAGAACCGCCUCUCCGCCUCUCCCUCCGCUCCCCUCCUCCGCUCUGUUCGUAGUUUCUGCAAGGAGAAAUGGCGGAUCAACUGACCGACGAUCAGAUCUCCGAGUUCAAGGAAGCCUUCAGCCUCUUCGAUAAGGACGGCGAUGGUUGCAUCACAACAAAGGAGCUUGGGACUGUGAUGAGGUCAUUGGGGCAGAAUCCUACUGAAGCUGAGCUCCAGGAUAUGAUAAAUGAAGUUGAUGCUGAUGGUAAUGGAACAAUUGAUUUUCCGGAGUUUCUAAAUCUCAUGGCCAGGAAGAUGAAGGAUACUGAUUCUGAGGAGGAGCUGAAGGAGGCGUUCAGAGUUUUUGACAAGGAUCAGAAUGGAUUCAUCUCUGCAGCUGAGCUUCGCCAUGUGAUGACAAAUCUCGGGGAGAAGCUUACUGAUGAAGAAGUUGAUGAGAUGAUUAGGGAGGCGGAUGUUGAUGGCGAUGGUCAAAUUAACUACGAGGAGUUUGUUAAGGUUAUGAUGGCCAAGCUUGUGGGGGAUGGCACGUGUUUGUCUGCUGGCCAUUUGAUCUACCAAACUCGAUCACCUAAGCGGUGGGUAGAAAAAAACACAAUGGAGAACAAAGCUUCGGCAAGAAAGAUGAAGAUACUAUGCCUCCAUGGAUUCAGAACCAGUGGCAAUUUCUUAAGAAAACAAAUCAGCAAAUGGAAUCCUUCCAUCUUUGCUCUUCAUUUUGACAUGGAAUUUCCAGAUGGAAUAUUUCGAGCAGGGGGGGAAUCAUCCAUAGAAGGCAUAUUUCCACCUCCUUAUUUUGAGUGGUUCCAGUUCAACGAGGAUUUCACAGAAUACACCAACUUGGAAGAGUGCAUCUCCUACUUGUGUCAGUACAUCACAAGCAACGGCCCUUUCCAUGGCCUGCUAGGCUUCUCCCAGGGAGCAACCAUAGCAGGGCUUUUGGCAGGUUAUCAAGCAGAGGGGAAGAUACUGAAGGAUCAUCCACCCUUUAAACUGCUGGUAUCCAUUUCAGGUUCCAAAUUUCGUGACCCAACCAUUUGCCAGGUGGCAUACAAACACCCCAUCAAGGUUAAGUCGGUCCAUUUCAUAGGAGAGAAGGACUGGCUGAAGCUGCCUUCCCAGGAGCUGGCCACUGCCUUUCACAACCCUCUCAUCAUCAACCAUCCCCAGGGCCACACUGUGCCCAGGCUAAACGAAGAAACUGUGGAGAAGUUGAGGAAUUGGACUAAGGAAAUUGUGGAUGAAACCCUAGAUGAUGAUGAUGAUAAUGCUGUUAUAAAACAUGAGACAGUGGAGAAUAAUGAAGAAGCAGAUCUCCUACAGAAUUCCAAGAAUUAAAUAUCAUUGAUCUCCUAUUUGAAAAUUUAUGUUGUAUACGGAUUAUUAAUGUUUCAGAUCAUGUUAUUAAAAACAUAAAUAAUAUUAUGAAUGCUAUAGAGUUUUAAAUA